CCUUUUCUGGUCGGGGCAACAUCGAAUGCGCCGAAUGCACUUCACAGCCCAUUAAUCUUCUGAAUGAAUACUCGAGUUAGAUGUGGAUACACUGACUCCCGAUGGAGCGGGUGGUGAUCUGUCAGGCUGAGAGGCAUCACAUCGUCAGCAAAAUUCUCCUAUUGCUGCGUGGUGACGGGUAGCUGUUGUUGAGUUUCUUUGCAUUCCUUUUUUUUGUUUUUUGUUCUUUUUUUCGUAGUUCGAAAAGCUAGCUAAGUAUGCUUUGAAUGAGGAGACUGUUCAGGAUGAAUGACUUGGCACAAGGAGUCGAGAGAUUUCCCAUAUACCUUUAUCCCUACAUGGUUGCGAUGCGAUGACUGUCCAGAUAUCCAUAGAACACGGUUGAGACUAAGAUUAACAGCAGCAGCAGCAGCAGGAUCCCUCGUCAUGGUGAUGGAGAUGGAGAAGGUCUGGAACAACGGCCGCUCCUCGGUCCUGUCUAAGAUCCACCUGACUAGUUCAACUCUGUAGGAGUCACUUCCAA